UCCCUUAACCAGCUGGCAUGUGUGUGUGUGUGUGUGGUGAAUUACUAGGAUAUAAAACGUGUGGAAGACCAAUAUAUUUACAUAAACUGUAUAUUUAAAGGUUCUUAAGUUAGUUAACAUAAUCAUUUAGUCAAAAUGAGAGCUGAUGAGACAGACAAUGAUCCUGUGGUGGCUGAGAUUCCUGUUUUCCUGGCCAAAACCCUGGCAGAGCAGCUCUAUGUUUUACAGUAUCCUGUAAGACCUCACUCACACAGUUAUGAUGAGUCCACAAUCCUUAAGACAAAUAUUCGCCCUCGAAGUGGUCAGAUUGAGAUGGAGUUGGGAUUACGUACCAGAGGCCCCACCUAUGACAAGAGUAAAGGAGAGCAGAUUGCCCUUAAUGUUGAUGGGGCCUUCAGAGACAAAUGUGACUCAGAGGAUAAUUUCUAUAAGAGUAAUGUUAUGGACAAGUUGGUGUUGACAUCGACCAAAGCCAUGACUGAUGUUAGUCGCUAUGCUGUGGGUGUUGUGCGGGACUCCAGCCUUCACUUAACACCUUUAUCAUCUGUUCUUGCCCUUCGACCAUCGUUCUCAUACCUCGACUUAGCAGAUAAAAGAGGACGGCAAGAACGCAAGGACAUGUCCGGAGACACAGAAGAUUCGGAUGAUGAGGAAAAAGCCAAGAAAGUGACUGUGCGAUUUGAGAAGCCAGAAACAAUAAAAAGUCGCAAAGCAAAAGAAAAAAGUUAUGGUUUUCUUUUGAGACAGAUACGUGAAGAGCCAUGGAUUGAAGUGACUUACCACAAAUAUGGGAGCGAACGUAGUGAAUUUGAGCUGCGGAAACUGUACUGCAUGUACGAGGAUGAGCACGUAGAUCAGUUCAGCCUGGCACCGAAGGAGUAUCUGAGCCAGUUAGUGCCACCCACAGAAGAGGUCCAACUAACCACUCCAGGCCUUCCUGCGCACCUCAUGUCUCGCUCAGCACUCACUGCCCUUCCUUUACAUGACCGUGUUAAGACUGUCAUGAUUAAUGCUGGUGUUGCAUCAUUUGGUGAGCUACUGGGAGUGUUUAGCUGUGAGAAUAGUGUAGAGUCUGCUUUGUCUGUGCUGAAGGUCCUGCAACAAGUUGCUGUUCUUGUCCAAGGCAACUGGGUUGUCAAAUCUGAUAUACUAUACCCAAAGGACAGCUGGUCAGAGUCUGGAGUGGCUAAUGAACUUAUUCAGCGAGGCAGAGACUUUGUGUUAUACCUCUUCACAAAAAGUACAAGUGUGGUACGGGCUGAAGUUGCCGAGGUUGUGAGACUGCCAAGUAAUGACCUUAAGAACAUACUAAAUGGAGUCUCCCAGUGUAGAAGAUCAAGAGCAACCUGGGAAUUUCUCUUAUCUACAGAUACAAAUUUUAUGAAAAAGUAUCCCGAUGUGGUGCAACGACAACAGAUGAUCUGGCAGUCUAGGAGUGAACAGUUGUCUCACAAUUUUAAGGAUAAGCAAGUUAAACAAGAUGAUACAAACAAAGCUGGUCCAUCAACUGGAGCCAAAAAGUCUCGUGCAGUUCGAAUCAAGUCGGAACCAAGUGAUGACUUAUCAGACCCACAAACUAAACCACAGCCAGCGAAACAACGCCGCGGCAACAAGGGUCCAAGAUGAGUUGUCAUAUGUACUGUACACGUGACUGACUGCUGGUUGAAUGAUAAUUGUUAUUAGGUUGUAACUUUCGAAAACUAUUUUGUGUUGACGAGUUGAUUAUCAGAGAAUAUUCAUGCUUCCUACAUGUUUAGUGGGCAAUACUCUAAAGCGACAUGCCAAUGAUAUGUCACUAGCAUACAUUAUCAAACCGGAGAGUGACUUAAAAAUGACACAUUGCUUCAGUUUUUGUGAGGAUUUGAAUACCUUUUUUGAUAAUGUUGCAUGGGAAAAAUUAUAAAUGUAAGUUUCAAGUCUCUACUGUAGGAUGGUUAUGGAGGAUUGUGAUGGUUAACCUAAAAGGAUUCACAGAAACUUCAGCAUCAGUACAGAAUGCCCCUUGGGAUUAUUUACAUUUUUGCAAAGUGCUUGUUGGCCUAAUACUACACUCUCAAUAUUCUUCAGCAAUUUGUCUUUUAUUUUUUGUUUGGUUUCCUUUACGCCUUUUUCUCGGAAGUUACAAUUGACAGUGAAGUGAUGAAAUAGGGGAAGCUGCCUUCAGUCUGGUCAUAUCACUGAAAGGCAUUUUCAUUUCACUAGUAAGUAUCAUUCUCAGUGUGUGAUAAACUUGUGACAUAUUAGCUUUGUGGCAUUGUCAGUUUAGUGUUUAGUUGACCAAAACUAUUGUCUGACAUGGAUCAAAAUACUCUACCACUUACUGAUAAUUUAAAGGUUUGAUGCAAAUGGUUUCUCCAUCUGUUUACCUUUGAUGUACAGUAUAGGUUCUUGACCAAUGAACAAGUGUAAAUUGACUUGUAUAUAGAGUAUUGUAAUGUAUGUGACAUUUUGAUGAAUUAUAAAACAUUUGUUUUCUCUUAAUGAGUGUACAUAUGCUCCAAAAAGUGUCUUUACAAUUGUGUUUGACAAUAUGACAACAGACGAAGAAUUUUGAAAACCCUACUGAGGCAAUAGGAGUCGUAGUGUUCAUUUCAAAAUUCAUCGGACCCCUCCAUGAAGAUAUUUUUUGGAGUGUGUGUAAAUUACAGUAUAGAGAUUGAAGUACAGUAUACUGUACAAGCAGUCCCCAGUUUAAAAACUUAAUGUGUUUGUAAACAGGAUCAAUAAAUUCUUUUGAAGUAAUGAUAUAAAUAAUCCCACAUUUAAGUGUCCAAAUUCCUGCAUUUUACUGAUCAGUGGUGGUAUGUAAAAAAAAAAAAAAAAAGCUGUAUUUAUGAAUGAAAUGAACGUUGGAGAGUCCUAAACAUGGUCACAGCGUGUAAUGUUUGUUCAGUGAAUGUUGGGAAAUUGAGGAUUGCGUGGACACAGGAUAUUAAGUUACCUUUUUCAAACACUUGAGUUUUGUAAUACAAGUACAUUGAACUAUUUCUUAGUACCUAUAGUGAACACAUUUAUGUAAAAUAUUUACUGGAUAUUAUAUUUUUACAAUGUGUGAUUGCUCAUAUAUAUAAAAGUACACUGUACUGUAUAUAACAAAGGUGGUAAUACUUUUGAAAAAUAUCGAUACAAUGGCUUUAGCUGAUGGUAGUGCUUCAUUAUGCUAUGUUAGAAGUUAUACUGAACAUACAACAAUAGUAUCUUCAAAGUUUUGCUGGAUCACAGUACAGUACAUAUACAUUUUCUGGUUAUAAUAUAAAGGUCAUCUCUCAUCUCAUGAAACAAUAAACAGUUAUUAGUUACUAUUGUAAUAA